AUGGGGAACAGCAAAAGCCGUUCGGGGCAGAGGUGCUGCUCACAGUUUCUUCCCGAGGAACAGGCUGAGAUCGACAGGCUGUUCGAUGCUCUCUCGUCGGAUGAAAGCUGCUCAAGUACCUCGCCCCGGUCCUUCUCUCUGAAGGCUCUAAAGGCAAGAAUAACAACCAGCAGCCUACGUGUAGUCGGGAGUGGCGAGAGGCUUCUGGGGCCUCAAUGGCUGGACUGUGACUGUGACCGAGCCACGAUCGAGGACUGGGUGUUCAGGUCCCCCCACGUGGCCACGUUUCUGAGUGUGGUCAUCCACAAAGGUUUGCUCGUCCUGUGCUCGUCCCUCGACCUGGCCAGCCUGGUCCCAGAGCGCCAGGUGGACCAGGGGAGGGAGUUUGAGAGCCUCCUGGACGUCCUGUCAGUCAUCUACUUGGACUCCCACCUGCCCAGGGAGUGGCAGCACCGCUGGCGUCUUCUCUUCUCGUCCGAGCUCCAUGGGCACAGCUUCUCCCAGCUCUGCGGACGCAUCACCCAUCGGGGGCCCUGCGUGGCCCUCCUUGAGGACCACGAUGGCCAUGUGUUCGGGGGGUUUGCCUCCAGCUCCUGGGAGGUCAAGCCUCAGUUUCAAGGGGAUGACAGAUGCUUCCUGUUCUCCAUCUCCCCCAGCAUGGCGGUGUACAUGCACACAGGCUACAACGACCACUACAUGUACUUGAACCAUGGACAGCAGACGAUCCCAAAUGGACUGUGCUGGGAGCAGCGGCAGCUAGGACAGGAUUUCCCUUAG